AAUUAGACUCAAAUGUCUACUGUUACGUGUCGGAAAAGCAGUCGACCCGGCCCGUGAUGAAAGUGCCACGAGUAUUAGCCAUUGGAAGUUCUCUGCUCCUCGUUUUUGGAGUUAUCAUGACCUUCAACUGGAUGAUAAGUCGCAGUCUUGUCUACAAAAUGUCUGGCGCGGCUCACAGAAAGCACGCUGACUUGAAAAAUGCCAUAAAAAGAACAUCCAAGCCACAUCCAAAGCGAAAGAAAACCACUGUCCAGGGAAAAACCCGGAAGCUGAAGCAACCUGUUCUCAAGAAACAGCCAAGGGUGACCUUUGAUAAACUGAACUCCAAGAACGAAUCUGGUAAAUCCUAUCUCUCCCUGCUCGAUAUCUUGAAGGCAAAGAAUCAGCCCAAACAUGGAAAGAAUAUAUUUUUCCUGCAAACCACGGGUGUCCAGAAAGAGGAGACACUGCAACUCAUUAAGUUGACGGCGCGAGAGGCAUGUGCCAUUGAGUCGGCCGCUCUCCACAAUCCAGGCCUCACUGUGUUUGUGCUCUUCGCCGGCGCCACGCACCGGAUGUACAGUGGAAAUCCCUGGAUCAGAAGCCUCAAUUUCUACAAGAACAUUCGCUUGAGGCGCCUAAAUCUGUUGCGCUACGCGGCCGGUACUCCCAUCGAGAAGUGGAUUAAGCUCGGCAAGAUCUACAAAUCGAAGUACAUAUUUCCCCACGCCUCCGAUCUGCUGCGGUACCUGACCCUGUACAAGUAUGGCGGAAUAUAUCUGGACCUCGAUGUGGUGGUACUGCGAAGCCUGGAGAAAAUGCCACCGAACUUCACAGGAGCUGAGACAAGCAAGUCCUUGGCGUGUGGUGUCAUGAAAAUGUCCAGCACUGGCGAGGGACAUCAGAUAGCCGCUUUGUGCCUGCAGGACCUUCAGGCCAACUUUAAUGCCAACAACUGGGGUAGCAUUGGACCAGCUGUAAUAACCCGAGUGGCCAAAAAAACCUGCAACACCACCCGCAUCCAAGCGAUGAUCGACAAACCCAGUCACUGCAAAGGAUUGACGGUUUUCGAUGCAAAGGCUUUCUAUGCCAUUCCCUGGAGACAAUGGAUGGACUUUUUCAGGAGCAGUUCUCUGAAUAAAACUCUGAAAGCCACGUCUAACUCCUAUGUGAUUCAUGUGUGGAACAAAUUCUCGAAAUUCCAAAGGUUAAGGGCUCGUGAGAUCACAGCGUAUACCAAAUAUGCCAGAACGAACUGUCCCAGGGCCUUUGCAGCUGCGGGGGACUUUUUCUAAAACCCAGAUCUAUGUGUAAGCUACUAUUAAUUAAUGCUAAAUUAACCAAGACUUCUUAGUUGCCUUUAAUAAAAUUUUAAAAGUCCUUAACUUCAAAGCAAAAA